UUGUUAUACCUUAAUUCAGAAUCGUUUAUAAAUCAUAAAAAUAAGCCAUCUUUUCCAUAUACAUAAAUUCAUAAAAUUUUCGGUACGCUUCUAUCAGCGAUUAUUUGUAUACAGAUAUGAGUGUAUUAUCAGCGAUAAUAUGUGCGACAAGGACGGUCGAACAGUGGGGAAGAAAGUAAUACUUGUGUGGUAUGAAUGAGACAACUGCGUUCCGACGAACUUUCACUUCAUUAUAAUUGGCAAAGUAGCAGCUGUCGCGAAGACUGUAUUUCAAUUUGCAGUGGACCACCUAGUUUACAAUUCGAAGUGUUUUAAUAUCGAUCGUAGUUUCAAUUUAUCGUCGUCUAAAACAAGAAAAACGAUUUACACGAUGGAACCAAUAACAAGAGUGAUAAUGCUGAAUAUCAAAAAAUCGGCAAGAACGUUACUGCCGUCCCGAUCUCAGUACAUUCAAAGUCAGAGGACACUUACAUCUCAACAAGUAUUCGAUCGUGAAUCUAAAUAUGGUGCUCAUAAUUAUCAUCCAAUUCCUGUGGCUUUAUGCAGGGCGGAGGGUGUCUUUAUGUGGGACGUCGAGGGAAAACGGUACUUUGAUUUUCUAAGUGCUUAUUCGGCAGUCAAUCAAGGCCACUGUCAUCCUAGAAUCUACAAGGCGAUGGUCGACCAGGCCAAGAUUUUAACUCUGACAUCUAGAGCAUUUCAUUCUGAUAUCUUGGGUGAAUUCGAGGAAUAUAUCACGAAACUUUUCAGCUAUGACAAAUGGUUGCCAAUGAACACGGGCGUGGAAGGUGGCGAAACGGCAUGCAAAUUGGCACGAAGAUGGGGAUACGCAUCCAAGGGCAUACCGAAGAAUCAGGCUAAGAUAGUGUUUGCAGAGGGCAACUUUUGGGGAAGAACAUUAAGUGCUAUCUCUUCGAGUACCGAUCCCAGCAGUUACAACGGCUUCGGCCCCUUCAUGCCGGGCUUCGAGCUUGUACCUUACGAUGAUCUUCCGGCGCUUCAACGAGCCCUCGCCGAUCCAAAUGUCUGUGCUUUCAUGGUGGAGCCUAUCCAAGGUGAAGCUGGCGUAGUAGUCCCUAAGGAUGGGUAUCUAAAAGGAAUUCGAGAGCUUUGCUCGAAGAAUAAUGUCUUGUGGAUCGCGGAUGAGGUGCAGACCGGCCUGGCGAGAACGGGAAAGCGGAUCGCAGUGGAUCACGAAAACGUGAAGCCAGAUAUUCUGAUUCUCGGUAAAGCUCUGUCCGGAGGAUUUUAUCCUGUUUCCGGUGUAUUAGCUAACGAUCCCGUUAUGCUAACGAUCAAACCUGGCGAGCACGGGUCUACUUAUGGUGGCAAUCCUUUGGGAUGCAGAAUUGCCCUUGAAGCACUUCGCGUUCUAGAAGAGGAGAAACUCGCUGAGAAUGCGGAAAGACUCGGUCACAUAUUCAGAAAUGAGCUUAGCAAGCUACCGAAGGAGGUAGUCACUUUAGUGAGGGGAAAAGGUCUCUUGAAUGCCAUUGUCAUUAAUGAAAAGAUCGACGCUAUGGAUAUUUGCUUGAAACUGAAGGAACACGGGCUCUUGGCGAAACCAACGCAUGGACAUAUCAUUCGUCUAGCACCACCGUUAGUUAUCACGGAGGAACAAUUACGCGAGGGCGUGGAUAUCAUUUCUAAAACUAUUCUCACGCAUAACUAACAUUUUCAUUUUUUAGAACAGUAUUAUUUCAAUAUUGUAUUUUUCGAAUAAAAAUGUCAAUUUUGUCAUAAAAUU